AUGACACAAACUUCAGCUGCACCCACAACGACCCCCUCAUUCUACGAGAUACUCAACCUCCCAUUCCCAAGCACCGGCCUCUCAAAACAGCAGCUGAAAAUUGCGUAUCACAAAGCGCUGCUGAAACACCACCCGGACAAAGCCGUCGCUGUUGCAAAAGAAAACCUCCCCUCAUCCAAUCACGGCCCCGCGCAACCACCUUCAAACCAAAAGAUUACAAUCGACGCCAUUACAACCGCAUAUAAGACCCUCUCUGAUCCUGUCCAGCGUGCCGAAUACGAUCGCGUACUCCGACUAGAUAGAAACCGGGUGAAUGGGGCGGGAGAUAAGAACGGGAACGGUACGGUCUUUCACACAGGGCUGGAGGUUGUUGAUCUGGAAGAUCUGGAUUGUGAUGAGGGCGGUGACGAAGCUAUGUGGUACAUGGCGUGCAGGUGUGGUGAUGAGCGAGGGUUUUCACUUUCCGAGAGCGAUUUGGAGAGGGAGGCGGACUCGGGCGAGAUUGUUGUUGGUUGUCGCGGCUGUAGCCUCUACACAAAGGUUCUAUUUGCGGUGCAGGAUGACUGA